AUGCUACAGGAGUUCCUCCAAGGGUGGAAUGCUGGACAGAAGCCCCCCCGCACCAUGGAGUGCUGGGCGUGGUCAGUCCGGGGCCGAACCCUGCGGGGCGGGUGUGGUGCCGGCCUGGUCCCCCGGCGACUGAGGCCCAGCGGUGUCGCCGGCUGUCGCGCCGGUAGCCCGGCCCCUCCCGCAGGUUCGUUUCGGUUCCAGCGGACCUUCCCCCGGCCAGGCCCAGGGCACCAUCAGACCCGGACCUUGCCCAGGCCCAGGCCGCCGGCUCUCACCUUCACUCCGCCGCCGCCAACGUCCUUCACAGGCCCGCCCGGGUUUCAGAAGCGGCGCCGGAAAUCCCAGCCCACGGCAGCGCCUAUUGGGCGGGAGGAGAGCGACGUCACACAGGAUCGGCCCGUCGCUGAUUGGGCGAGGCCGCGGAGUCUGCAGGGCCCCGGAAGUGUUUGUGCUGCGACCAGAAGUCCUUCCGGGGGUCGGAGUCAUGGCGAUGUCCAUGUGAGCGGCCGGGCUCCUCUAGGAUCUUUGGUGUUGACAAUGGCUGCAGAAGAUGAGAGCUUUCCCCGUGGGGGGAUACAGAGGAAGGCUGCAGCAGGGAAGAGCAAGAGGAAGGAGGAAGAGGAUGACUUGUUUCAUUGGCCCAGCGCUGAGCCUCACAAGGCCCCAAAGGUAGAAAAAAGGAAGAAAGAAAUAAACGAUGAGAAAACGAAAAAGCCAAUUGGGGUGGAAGGAGGGCCAUCGCGGAGGAAACAGCCACCGGAAGCAGACGUGCUCACGUUCAAGAAACUGACGGUGGGCACCCUGUUGCUUGGAUGUGUGAAGGAAGUGACUGACUUUGAACUGGCGGUGGGUUUGCCCCACGGCCUCACCGGCUACGUCAACCUCACCAGCAUCUGCGAAGCGUUUACACAGUCCCUGAGCAAGCAGGUCAGCGAGGACCUGACCGAGGACCUGACGGCUCUGUCCGGCCUAUUCAGCCCCGGCAUGGUCGUGCGCUGCGUCGUCUCCCGGCUCGGCGCAACAAAGACCAACCGCCACAGCCUGAAGCUGUCCAUUAACCCCAAGGAGGUGAACGCGGCGCUGUCGGCAGGGGCGCUGCGCGCUGGCAUGCUGCUCUCUGGCUGUGUAUCGAGUGUGGAGGACCACGGCUAUUUGGUUGAUAUUGGAGUCAAGGUCACCAAGGCCUUCCUGCCGCAACAGAAAGCACAGGAGUACAUUAAAAACAGGAACCAAGGACUGCCUCUCCGUGUUGGUCAGUACCUGAACGUCCUGUUGGAGGUGAUAAAGGACAACGGCCGAUUCGCCCAGCUUUCAGUCCGCACUAACGACGUUGCCACGGCAAUGGCAGCUGAGGAUCAGAAUUGGGGCUUUGGCAACCUGCUGCCGGGGUUGGUGGUGAAUGCCGAAGUUCAGAAGGUGAACCCCCAUAGUCUGGUCCUGCAGUUCCUCUCUGACCUGUCAGGCACUGUUGACUUCAAUCACCUGGAUCCACAGAGAGUGGGGAACUACCGCACAGGUCAAAAGAUGAAGGCCUGCGUGCUGUACCUGUACCCCGACUCCAAGUCCGUGCACCUGACGCUGCGGCCCCUCUUCCUGCAGCCGGGCGCGGAUGUGCAGCUGCCCAGUGGCCCGCCCGUCAGCGAGGUGCUGCAGCACUGCACCGUCGCCUACUACCAAAAGGGCGCCGGCGUCACCUUCCGGGCGGAAGAUGGAUCGUUUGUUUACUCUCGCGUGUUCCACUUGUCGGACACCAAGGUGUCGUCUGCUGCCAACGUGUUCAGGAAGGGCAGCCAGCACAGGUGCAGGGUCAUUGACCAUGCCCCCAUGGAGCAGAUGGCCCUGGUGUCACUGAAAACGAGCAUUAUUGAAGCCUCCUUUCUGAGGCAUCAGGACAUCCUCCCUGGGCAGGUGAUUGAGGGCAAGGUGGCCUCCCUGGAGAAGUUUGGGGUACUUGUAACAUUGACGGACCACAUCAGGGGACUGGUGCCUCGAACCCAUCUGGCUAAUGUCCCACUGCAGCAUCCAGAGAAAAUGUACAAUGUGGGAGACAAGAUUAAGUGCAGGGUGUUGAAGGUCAACGCUGAGACCAAGAGGGUCACGUUGACCCGGAAGAAGACGCUGGUGGGGUCAAAGCUUGCCAUCGUCACGAGCUACGCAGAGGCGGUGCCCGGGCUGGUUGCCCACGGAUACAUCGUGUGUGUGAAGCCGUUCGGCUGCAUCGUGUGUUUCUAUGGUGACGUGCGGGGGCUGGUCCCGCGGCAAGAACUGAGCGCCCAGCCCCCCGCUUCCCCCGAGGACGUCUUCUACGUUGGACAGGUUGUGAAGGCCACCGUCCUGAAAUGUAACCCAGCCCAGGAGAAGCUGCUGCUCUCAUUUAUGUCCCCCAGAGAGGGCACCGGAGGGGACCCAGUGGCCGGAGCUGAUGGAGGUCAACAGGAGAGGGAAGGAACCACUGGAUACCCGACUGGAAAGGUUGUGGAUGUGAAAGUGUUGGCCAAGGCCAAGGAUGGGCUGGAGGUGUCCAUCCUGCCCGAGCUCACGGCUGCCUUCCUGCCCACCACUCACCUGUCGGACCACGUGAGCAACUGCCCGAUCCUGGCGGAGAGACUGAGGGUGGCUGACGUCAUCUCUGGCGUGAUGUGCUGGGGCCGAGCCAACAACAGGAUCAUUCUUUGCAGAAAGCCAGCAUUACUGGCUUUUGUCGAACAAGGCCCAGUGGCGAAGGAUUUUACGGAGCUCCAGGUGGGAAUGGUGAUGCCAGCAAUUGUAAAGAACAUCAUGCCGUACGGUGUGUUUGUGGAGUUUGCGCAUGGACUUGUUGGCCUGGCUCCCAAAGCUGCCAUGUCUGACAAGUUUGUCACCAACACGGGGGACCACUUUGUGGUGGGGCAGACGGUGGUUGCCAUGGUGACGAACCUGGACGCGGAGAAGAGGCGAGCGCUGCUGUCCCUGAAGGUGUCGGACUGUGGGUCCGGCGACGCUGAUCGGGAGAGCCUGGCCCUGCUGAGGCAGUACCUGACGGAGCUGGAGCUCAUCGGGGCAUACAUGGGCCGGAGGGACUCCCCGGUGGUUGCCAGUCUGAGCCGCCUGGUCAUCGGAGAGAGGCUGGAGCUCACCAUGGAUGCAGAGCGGCCUGACGGGACAGUGUCCUUCACCGGCGAGCCCGUUGCCGGUCUGACAGUCACAGCCAGUCGCUAUCACCAAAGAGGGGCAAGCCUGAGCCCCGGACAGCAGAUGACAGUGGUGGUGCUGUUCGUCGACAUCCACUCCUCCACAGUUUACGUUUCUGUCCGCCCGGAACUGCUGCGUCCAAGUGUCAAAAAGCUCCAGCAGGCGAGAAGAUCUGUGCAGCAGUCGGCAGUGGUGCAGUUAGUGACGCCGGAUCUGGCUGUGGGAUCCAUAUCUGGCUCCUCGCAGCUCACCUUCAUCCCCGUCGCCGCCCAUCUCAACGACACCUUCCACUUUGACUCGGAGAAGCUGUGCGAGGGGCAGGUGGUCUCUGUGAAGGUGGAGGCCGGCAGCAAGAACCACCAGGGCAUCCCGCUGAGCGCCAGGGGUCCCGGCAAACGGCGGAGAGCGGCCGGGGACCGUGGCCGCGAGCCUCCGGAGGCAGCACCAGCAGCAGCAACAGCGCCUCCGGUCCAGCACUCUUUGUGCGUUGGAGACACCGUCCGCGGCACGGUCAAGUCUGUCCGGCCAACCUGUCUGACCAUCGCCUUGUCCGGAGGAGUGUCCGGAUUCGUUCACGUCUCGGAGAUCCUCGACCAGGUCUCGGGCAGCACAGUACCAACGGCCAGCCAGAAGAUUGGUGACACCGUGACUGCAAAGGUCAUCGGAUGCAAGGAUACAAAGUCCCACAAGUUUCUGCCGAUCACGCACUCACGUUUCAAAGUGACUACACCGGUGUUGACCCUGAGACCCAGCAAGCUGUCCGGGCGAGACGGUGCCGAGCUGCAGGAGGGUGACCUGGUGGACAGGCUGCGAGCCUUCAAGCCUGGACAGGCACUGACCUGCUACGUGUACAGGUACUACAGUGCCAAGCAAUGUCUGGAUGUUGAAGUGACCCACGAUAUACACGGGAAUGUGGAGCUGCUGCUGCUGUCCCUCAAUCACAAGUGCAUGAAGCAUCCCGAGAGAGCCUUCCAGCCCGGUCAGGCAUUGACGGCGACCGUGAUCGGCCCAGACAGCAGCGGCACGCGCCUCUGUCUCUCACUCACAGGUCUCUGCUCGCUGGAUGAAGGUGCGGUGACCCUGGGCAUUAUCAGAAGGGUUGUCCCCGGCGUAGGGGUAAUGGUCAGCCUGCCCCUGGGCACCACUGGUCGGGCAGGCCUGUGUGAUGUGACGGACUCGUACAGCGAGGUACCGCUGGAUGGGCUGGUACCCGGCAGCCUCGUCAGGUGUUGUGUUAUUUCAAAAAGUCAGAAUCAACUUGGAAUUUCUCUGAGGAAAUCCAGGGUUUACCCUGAGAAGCAGCAUUCAGUGUGUGACCCCGAGCUUGCAACGAUCAAGAACCUUUGGAAGGGGGCCGUCGUGAGGGGUUAUGUGAAGGACGUUGGGGAGCUAGGAGUGUACGUCAGCCUGUCUGCCUCUCUGUCGGGCCUUGUUCAAUAUCAGCACGUCACUGAUUACUCCGUCAUUGACAACAGAAUCUACCAGGAGAAUAUACCCAAGGGAAAGCUGGUGACGGUGAAAGUACUGAGCACAGACGUGCAGUCUGGCCACGUGGGGCUCUCGCUGCUCCCUGCAGAUACCAGGAACCCAGACAUGCUGCCGGAGUCGCUGGGCUUGUCGCGCAAGGAGCCGAAUGAAAAGGAGAGCGGGACCACUGAACGCGGGAAACGCAAGCGGAGAGAUUCAGAGCGGGAGCAGCUGCCCUCCAAAAUAUUGAAGAGACAGAAGAAACAGCGCUUGGAGGGGACUGAUGGUGGGUUGGAUGUGUACUGUCGGGAGGAAGAGGAAGAGGAGAGUGACACUGAAUUUAAGAAGCCAAGUCCCGCCAAAGCCACGGUCGCCAGACUCCAGCUGCCCAGCGGCUUUGCUUGGGACGCUGGUUUAAACACCAUCGCGCCGGCGCUGAAGGACCAAGAGGACAUGAGCUCGGACAGCGAAGAAGAGCAGAGCACGAACGCCGAGCCCAGGCUGAGUCGGCGGGAAAAGGAAGCGAGCAGACGGCGUGAGGAGGAGGAGCUGUCGCGGACCGAGCAGCGUCUGGCCGACCCCACGCGGCAGCCCCAGACAGCAGACGACUUUGACCGGCUGGUGCUGAGCUCCCCCAGCAACUCCAUCGUGUGGAUACAGUACAUGGCGUUCCACCUGCACGCCACCGAGAUCGAGAAGGCACGGGCGGUGGGUGAGAGGGCCCUGAAAACCAUCUCCUUCAGGGAGGAGCAGGAGAAGCUGAAUGUUUGGGUGGCCCUGCUGAACCUGGAGAAUCUCUACGGCACCGAGGAGUCACUGACCAGGGUGUUUGAACGUGCCGUGCAGAACAGUGAACCCAUCAAGGUCUUCCAGCAACUGGCCGGCGUCUACAGCAGGUCCGAGAAGUACAAGCAAGCGGACUCCCUGUACAACACCAUGCUGAGACGGUUUCGCCAGGACAGCUCCGUCUGGCUGAGUUACGCCUCCUUCCUCUUGAAGCAGGGGCGCGCAGAGGGAGGCCAUGCCUUGCUGCAGAGAGCCCUCAAGUGUCUGCCACAGAAAGAGCAUGUUGACGUGAUCGCCAAGUUUGCACAGCUGGAGUUCCGGAUGGGAGACACGGAGCGGGCCAAGGCCAUGUUUGAGAACACGCUGAGCAGCUACCCAAAGCGCACGGACCUGUGGUCUGUCUACAUCGACAUGGUGGUGAAGUACGGCACCCAGGAGGAGGUCAGACAUAUCCUGGACAGAGCCGUGCACCUCAAGGCAGCUCCCAAGAAGAUCAAGUUUUUCUUCAAGCGCUACCUGGACUACGAGAGGAAGCAGGGCAGCGCGGAGCGGGUGCGGGCCGUCAAGGAGAAGGCUCUGGCGUACGUGGAGUCGCGCGGCUCGAUGGAAGGGAGCUAGCCUUGCCUGCCCGCCUGCCCUUCCACCGGCGCCCUCUGUACAUUGGACCCCCAGACGGGCCGGGCCGAUCUCCCGGUGAGGUGGAGCCUCCGGGCCGAAUCUGCCCUGAUGCUGCGCCUCAUCCGUUUGUCUUCUCCGCUGUGACUGGCCGGCUUCCCAAGGGAUGGUCUCGGCUGGGGGGAGGAGCACCGACUCUGCACAGAUGGUUCUAUGGCUGAAGCUGCAGGAAGAGCGGGACCCCAGUGACAUCCCAUAUUGGCCACAGUCGCAGCUCGCAGUCGCAGUUGCGGGGGGG